UCCGGUUUAUCCAACAAAUGCUAACGGGAAUCCGCAUGCGGAGCGUCAUUGCGCGCUCCGUGCAGAAAUACAGUGCUUUCUGUCGCAGAAAAAGUGUCGCCUCACUGUUCCAUGGUACUCUGGAAUAACGGGGUACGGCGUUCUUUCUUUCUUUUCCACCGAGCCCUCCAAUUCCUACGCUCUGGUCGACAUAAUUGAAGGACCUCUCCGCUGCGCCUUGACGAAAAGGGAAGUUAUUCUUUGAAUGUUUGGUUCGGCGAGGCUGACGAGAAUGCGUCGUGUCUGAGGCAUGGAUCACGGUCCAUUCUAGUCUUGUCGGAGGUCCGUUUCUGAGAGGCAUUUUAGAGACAGACCAUCGUGACAACACGCUUAAUGCAAUCUGGUUUUGAUGUCGCGCAUGACUCUGCUCGGAUGAGUUUGCUUUGGAUUCGAAGGAGAAGAAAUCUUGCGCAUUCAGGAUGAUUUGACGGAACGAGGAUGUUAUAAAAAAAAGGGUUUGCGUCUGGAGAUCGCUUGGUUCUGCUCAGUACGGUCCCCUUCAAGCGUUCAAAAUUCCCAGGGAGCGGACGACAUCGGGGAAGGAAAUCAUCUAUCGGACUAAAUCUUUAAUCACUCGGGAUUUUAAAUCGCCUGCUCACAUCACGGAAAAUUACCACUAAAAGCGGGAGAGAUGAAAGUUUUUCCAGCAGUGGUCUUAUUGGUCACUAUUUGGAGUCAGGAGUGGGAGCCCGUGAUAGCCGAUUCGAUCAUACAUAUCGGAGCCAUCUUCGAUGAGUCUGCAAGAAAGGACGAUGAGGUGUUCCGUCUCGCGGUGGCCGAUCUCAACCUCAACAACGAGAUCCUGGAGACUGAGAAGAUCACCGUGUCGGUGGAGUUCGUGGAUGGGAGCAACCCCUUCCAGGCCGUCCAAGAAGCGUGCGAGCUGAUGAACCGGGGCAUCCUGGCGCUGGUCAGCUCCAUCGGGUGCAUGUCGGCGGGGUCGCUGCAGUCGCUGGCGGACGCCAUGCACAUCCCGCACCUCUUCAUCCAGCGGGCGCCCGCAGGCACGCCGCGCUCCUCCUGCCCGGCCACCACGCGCCCGCCCAACACGGACGACUACACGCUCUUCGUGCGGCCGCCCGUCUACCUGAACGACGUCAUCCUGCGCGUCGUCACAGAGUACACCUGGCAGAAGUUCAUCAUCUUCUACGACCAGCAGUUUGAUAUCCGUGGCAUCGAGGACUUCCUGGACCAGUCUUCCCAGCAGGGCAUGGACGUGUCUCUGCAGAAGGUGGAGACCAACAUCAACUCCAUGAUCACCAGCAUGUUCCGCACCAUGCGCAUGGAGGAGCUGCACCGCUACCGGGACACGCUGCGCCGCGCUGUGCUCUUCAUGAGCCCCGCCACCGCCAAGGCCUUCAUCACGGAGGUCGUCGAGACAAAUCUGGUUGCGUUUGACUGCCACUGGAUCAUCAUCAAUGAGGAACUCUCCGAUAUGGAUGUCCAAGAGCUGGUGAUGAAAUCCAUUGGCCGGCUGACGAUGAUCCGCCAGACCUUCCCCAUGCCCCAGAACACCACGCAACGAUGUGUACGCAGCAAUCAUCGCAUAAACAACUCCCUAUGCGAUCCCAAGGACCCCAAGGCUCAGACACUGGAGAUCACCAACCGCUACAUCUACGACACGGUGCUGCUGUUGGCCAACACCUUCCACAGGAAGCUGGAGGACCGCAAGUGGCACAGCAUGGCCAGCCUGAGCUGCAUACGCAAGGGCUCCAAGCCGUGGCAGGGCGGCCGCUCCAUGCUCGACACUGUCAAGAAGAAUGGCGUGAGUGGUCUGACCAACCUGCUGGAGUUCAACGACAAUGGUACCAACCCCAACAUCAACUUCGAGAUCCUGGGAACCAACUACGGCGAGGACCGUGGACGUGGCGUCACCAGGCUGGCCACAUGGGACCCUGUGCACGGCCUGAACGGGACUCUGACUGACAGGAAACUGGAAAACAACAUGAGAGGAGUGGUGCUGCGCGUGGUGACUGUCCUGGAGGAGCCGUUCGUGAUGGUGUCGGAGAACGUGCUGGGGAAGCCAAAGAAGUACCAAGGCUUCUCCAUAGACGUCCUGGACGCUCUCUCCAACUACCUGGGCUUUAAGUACGAGAUCUACGUCGCUCCGGACCACAAGUACGGUGUCCAGCAGGGCGAUGGAACAUGGAACGGCCUGAUCGGGGAACUGCUGUCCAAGCCCGAGCCGGUGUUCUGUCGAUGUGGGCAGGGCAGCUCCGUCAAGAUGAGCUAUAGCCGAAAAGAUUCCUGGGAGAUGCUGUUGUCCGCUGCGCUUGUGUCGCGCUUGUGUCCUGUGUCUCUGGCGUCCAGUGGAGAGGUGCCGUACACCACCCUGGCCACGCGCAUGAUGAUGGGCAUCUGGUGGAUGUUUGCUCUGAUCGUCAUCUCCUCCUACACCGCCAACCUGGCCGCCUUCCUCACCAUCACGCGCAUAGAGAGCUCCAUACAGUCUCUGCAGGACCUCUCCAAGCAGACGGACCUGCCGUACGGCACCGUGUUGGACUCGGCUGUAUAUGAGCAGGUGCGCAACAAGGCCCUGAACCCCUUCGAGCGCGACCCCAUGUACUCUCAGAUGUGGCGCAUGAUCAACCGCACCGGCGGCGCUGAGAACAACGUGGAAGAGUCCAGAGAAGGCAUCCGCAAGGUGAAGUACGGCCAUUUUGCCUUUGUGUGGGACGCAGCUGUGCUGGAGUACGUGGCUAUCAAUGAUGAGGACUGCUCCUUCUACACGGUGGGCAGCAACACGCCCGACCGCGGAUACGGCAUCGCCAUGCAACACGGCAGCCCCUACAGAGACAUCUUCUCCCAGAGGAUCUUGGAGCUGCAGCAGAACGGCGACAUGGACAUUCUGAAGCUGAAGUGGUGGCCUCGCGACGGCCCGUGCGACAUGCACUCCGCGGUCGGGGCGCAGCAGCGGGGCAACGCCCUGGACAUCCACAGCUUUGCCGGCGUCUUCUGCGUGUUGGCCGCCGGCGUGGUCCUCUCGUGCCUCAUCGCCAUGGUAGAGACCUGGUGGACCCGCCGCAAGGGCUCGCGCGUGCCCUCCAAGGAGGACGACAAGGAGAUCGACCUGGAGCACCUUCAUCACCGGGUUAACAGCCUUUGCACGGAGGACGACAGCCCCCACAAGCAGUUCUCCACCUCCGAUAUCGACCUGACGCCGCUGGACAUGGACUCCAUGCCGGCUGCCCGGCAGGCGCUGGAGCAGAUCAGCGACUUCCGCAACACGCACAUCACCACCACCACCUUCAUCCCCGAGCAGAUCCAGACGCUGAGCCGCAGCCUGUCCGCCAAGACCGGCGGGGGCAGCUUCGCGUACGGAUCCGUCCAGGAUCACCGUUCCGGCGGCGGGGGUGGCGGUGGUGGGGGAACCUUCCGGCAGCGUGCCCCUAAUGGCGGCUUCUUCCGGAGCCCCAUUAAGACCAUGUCAGGGAUCCCUUACCAGCCCACUCCGCAGCCCAACUUUGGAUACGGCAACGAUCCGGAUAGGGGUACCUCCAUAUAAUAAGACCACCAUGACGACCCCAUGACCACGCCCAACAACAACACCAACCAUCGUCAAUAUUCCAUAGUAAUCUGAGCCCUGACCCCCGAUCCUGACGUCCUCUUAAU